ACAGAAUUUCACUUGAACCAGAGCAGCCCAACCAGUGAAUUCCCCAGCUACAGUGAAAACGGAAGUGAUACCAGUUUACUUGUUUCACCCCUUCUGGUGGCUGGAGUAGUGAUCGGACUUGUGCUAUUUCUAUCCUGUGUUACAAUCAUUGUUGGCAGUCUGCGAAAGGAUGGACGGUUAAGACACCCACAUCUGAGGAGAGAUGCUGUUUAUGCUCCAGAUGGCUUCUCUUAUGGUGGCUCUUUUGGAGAGCUGAGAUCCACCUGUAUGGAGGAGUUUCCCCCAGCUUUUGAUUUUGGUUCCUAUCUGGAUACACUUUCUCAGGUCAACGUCAUGUAUCCUGAUUCACCUCCACGCUACGAUGAAUGUGUGGGUCCAGGAGCAACUCAAAUAUAUAUUCCCACAGAUGAUCCUCCCCCAUAUUCUCUUACGGACCCGUGUCAAAGAAAUGAAAUAUCUAUAAACAUUAGCCUGGAAGGGGAAGCAGCAUCUGGGACUACAGGACAGGCUGCAAAUUAUGCAGUCAGGCUGCAGGACUUGCAGCCGCCCAUUUCAUCCAUCUCUUUGUCGUCUCUUACUCUGGAGGCUGCUCCCCUGUACGAGACGGUGGUGUGUGAACAGAAUAUCCCCAUCCCACUUGUUCCAGUGGAAGUACUGAAAAAUUCUUCCACCGACUAUCAGACUCUUCUGAACCAAAUCAUGUGA